GAAGUGAUAACCUUGUUUCAAAGAUAUCAAUACAUGUUAAGACAAAAGAAAGAAGCUGAAAAUCAACAAGCAUGUCAAGUGUAAUCGGAGAAGAUCUGACAAUUCAUACAGACUCCAAUGGAUCUAGAUCAGUAAUCAAGGACAAAAGUGAGAAAAAACAUCACAAACACAAGAAAGAGAAGAAGAAGGACAAGAAAAAAGAGAAGAAAAAACACAAACAUAAACACAAGGAUAAGGACAGAGAAAAAUCUAAAGAUCAUGAGGUAAAAGGUUACGAGAGUUCACCCAGAGAUGAAUCAGUGGACAGUGUUAAUCUGCAGGAAGUUCUGGAGAAAAAGGAAGCAGAGCUCUCCAAUUUGAAAGAUGAAAAUAAGGAAGUGUGUUCUGAUUCGAAAGUGAAAGUUAGUCAGAAAUCUUCAGAGAUUCAAAAGGAAAAUGCCACUAAUAGUGUUCGAACAGCUGGGAGAGAUGACAAGUCAGAUAAUAAUCUUGCAGAUCAGACUCAAAAUGUGAAUUUGGAGACUGAUAUACCAAUGCCUGAAUCUCUAGAUGAUAUUCCUGUACCUGCACAACCUUCAAAAUCGCAUUCAGACAGCAAAGACAGUAAAGGAAAGGCACAUGGAGAUAAAGUGACUUCAGAAAACACAUCUGUGAUAGUAAAUACAACGGAAAUUGAGAUAGAAAAUGUUCCUUUACCACCCCCACCAUCUUUAGAUAGUAUUCCCAUCCCAGACCAGGUCAACCCAUCAAAAAAGAAAGUUACUACAGAGAAAGUAAAAGUUGUGAAGCCUUCGAAGGAGACAGCCAAAAUUAACCCAUCCCCUGUUCCUCCCCCUGAACCCCCACCCCCAGAAAAACCCUCAAUCAACAUCCCCACUCCCUCAAACUUUCAGGCCACCAUACGAGAAUCAAUGCUCAGAGAGGUAGGGAACGCGGAGACAGGUUUGCCUCAGAAUAUUGUGGACGAUUUCUUUAAGGAUUUUUUGGCAUCGAAAAUGAAACAGAUUGAGUCUGAGUACAAGCUAAUGACAAAACAACUAGCCCUGGAGGGACAGAAAAAAGAGGGUGAUGGAGUGGCCAGUUCUGUUGAAGAAAUGAAUAAACUUUUGGACGAAGAACUUUCCACCAUAGCCACAGCAACUCAAGAGAAUGACAAAAAGAAGUCUUCUAAGUGGGACUCCAAAGAGAAAUCGGCCACCAACAGCGGUGAGAAGUCUGAGGUGAUGACAGAAGAGAAGAAAAAUGAGGAGGCCAGCAACAAACCCAAAGUUGAAGUACAGAUCGGAACAAAGAAGGGAGGUAAACUGCAGAUGGAGUUCAAAAUCACCAAGACAAGUGCCGACAUGAUUUCUUCUGGGGAAAUUAUUGGAAAGAAGAACUUGGAAGAUGGUGAAGUUUCAUCAUCAGAUAAUGAUUCAGAGUCUGAGGAAAGUGAUGAAAAUGGUGACGUAUCAGGAACUGGUUCACUUUCUGACUCGGACAAAGAUUCCAAGUCUUCUAAAAAGAAAAAGAAGAAAAAGGAAAAGAAGAAGAAAAAGAAAAAACACAAAAGCAGAGAAUCCUCCGAGAGUGAAUCCAGAAGCAAACGUAAACAUUCCCACAAAUCUAGGUCAAGGUCACCAAAGAGGAGAAGAUCAUCCAGGUCAAGGUCAAGAGAAAGGUCAUCCACAUCUACAUCUAAAUAUAUCUAUGAUGCAUAUCAGUACAGGGACAAAGUUCGUGACAGUUAUGAAAGAGACAGAGACAGACGCUACGAUCGAGACCGUGGACAAGAAAGACGGAGUUACAAUGACAGAGAUCUUAGAGAUGACAGAGGUCGCCACCGCAGACGGUCAACAUCCAGGUCACGAUCUAGGUCAAGGUCAAAAUCCAGAGAGAGGCCAUUUCGUAUGUCAGCAGAUCUCAGAGUCAAGAUAGACAAAGCUAAACUUAGGGAAAUUGCAAUAAAAAAUGCUAUUGCCAUGGCUAAAUCAGGACAAGUGCCAAACAUUGAUCUGGCUGCUAUUAAGUCAGGUGGAAAGUCCAUUGAUGAGCUGACAGAUUUCUGUAAGAGGAUCUCUUCCAAGUCAAAACACAGACGAGACAGCUCCUCAUCUUCAUCCUCAGAAGAGGAGGCUGAGGACAAAAAGGAGGAAGAUGAGGAGUUUAUACAUCAUCCAUUUAAAGUCAAGGACACCAGCAGUAUUGUACUGAAUAUUAGGGAUUCUAAACCACUGCCAAUAAGAACACCAGCAGAAAAGCUCCAAGGGUCGGCAAAUCUACGACUGCAGUUUCCUGUAUCCAGUGGCAGUACACAUCGCCAGAAGGAAUCGGAGUGGGUGCCAGUGGAGAAGACCACCGCUGUGGCAACUACCACAACUUCAGCACCAGCAACCACCACUGCCAGCAGCACAACAACAGCAGAUUCUGUUCUGAUGCCGCCACCUCCUGUGCCGUCCACAGCUCCACUUCCUGUGGAUGUUCCACCAAAUCCAGUCCGUCCGGAGGAUAGGAUAUUUCCAGAGACUCCCAAUGUGACGGUGGAUAUUGGGUCCAUUAUAUCAGAGAGACUGAGUGCUUUCAAGAAAUUGAAGGAGAAUCCCCACGACAUAGAAGCCAUGACAACUCUAGGAAAAGUUCAGGAAAAAGCUAGUCUUUGGGCCCAGUCCAAAAAUCUUCCAGGAAAAUUCAUGGGAAGCACAGGUGCUCAUGUCAUGUCCCAAGAGGAGCUAAUUGGGCCAGACAAAAAGAGGCAGGCCUGGGCCAGAAGGAAAAGGAAAACUAAAGCUAAGCCGAAAGAAUUUAAAAACAAGUAUUCCACGGAAGUUGUUAAAAAAAUUAUCUACAGAAGUCUGAAUCGACGAUAUUAUAAACCCCUGAAGGAUCAGUUUGUUAAAGCUGCUCCCCUCCAAAGUGGCAUAGGGAUGGCUCUCCUCCAGAAAAUGGGCUGGAAGCAGGGGGAGGGACUGGGGAAAAACAAUGAGGGGUCUGUAGAACCCUUGGCCCUGGACUUCAAGACAGACAGACGAGGACUAACAUCCACUGGAGAACAAGUGCCUAAAACCUUCAAAGGAGGUGCUCCUGUAGUUAGAGAUUUAUCAGGUAAACAUCCUGUAUCAGCCCUGGUGGAGCUGUGUAAUAGAAGGAAGUGGGGAGCCCCUGUGUUUGAACUGGUUCAUGAGAGUGGACCAGACCACAAGAAAAACUUCCUGUUCAAAGUAAUUGUCAACAGGACAGAGUACCAGCCAACAGUCGCGAUGAACAACAAAAAAUCAGCCAAAGCAGCUGCUGCCACGUGUUGUCUGCAGGUUCUAGGGCUAGUACCCAGGGAACCACCAAGUUGAUGUGUCUGUGUGUACAGUUUAAGGUACCCUUCUGGUGGCUAGGACCCAUGCCCAGGGACCUCCUCAAUGUGACAUGGGUGCACGAUUAUGCUGUGAAGUACAUUGUGUACUGGGACCCACUAGAAUGUUACACUGUAUGUAUGAAGUUGAUGUAUGGGGAAACUUGAAGUGAUGGUAUGCCUUCAUUUGCAAUGCAAAUGAACGGACAAUUUUAAAAGAAAUUGAUGUAUAAAUGAAAAAUUUAUAGUGCACAUGUAUGAAAAGUUGUGAAGAUAGGAUAAUCAGUUUAUGGCAAAAAUAAAAAGUAAUUUUUGUGUAUUUUUGAGAAUAUUUAGAAGCUUAAUAUAAGCUUUACCACAAAAACAAAAUUGCAAAGUUGAAUUAUAAAAGAAGCAGGUGAAUUUGUAAAAUAUGAUGUCAUAAGCAAUAGUAUGAUAAAAAAAAAAUGCUUUUAAACAUGUUAAGAAACUGAUGAAUUUUUUAAAGUGUUAAAAUGGUACAUGAAACAAUGUUUAAAUAUUUUUUUUUAAAUAUCUGGCUUAAUGGAAAUCGUACAUAUUAAUAAUUAUAUAUGCAUGUUUAUUUGUAAACCUGUUCCCCAACACAACCUUAUUCACCCAUUUGGAAAAAAAAAAGAAAUAAAUUAUACUGUGAAAUCACUUACUUUUGUAAGGGGUUAAUUUUCGUUGUUUUGAGGAUGAAAAAAUCCCACGACUUCAUGUCCACCAAGAAAUGUUUAUUUUCAUAUGUUUAAUUAUUCAACAAUUCUUCACCCAAGAAAUCAAAUCCCCAUGAACCCAUAUUUAUUCCUCAAACCAUGAAAAUUGCCCCCCCCCCAAAAAAUAUGUGAUUUUCAAGUAUGUCAGAAGUAUGCGGAAAAGGUUCUACAACGUUCUUGUAAUGUGAGAAAAAAAUGUUGGUAUGAAUUUUGCUGUUUAUUGAGUGAAAUGGAGGAAAUUUUUUAAAUUGUACACAUGAGUGAAUGUGCUUUAAAUAAGUCUAAGACUGGUUUAUAUGCUCACAAAUAUGUGAAUUAUAUACUGAUUGUUAAUUUUGUGGUUAUUGAUUGAAAAACAAAAUUAA